AGUCAUCCCCAAUAACUUGGCAUCUGUCCACGAACAGAAUCCUUAUUAUCUUCUUAGAGGAUUCACCUGCUGAAAGCAUUGGGCACUGAUGUCUUCUGACUAAUUGACCUAAGUCUCUGUAUUUUCGAUCCAUUUAUUUAUCCAAUGAAGAAAGAGAACCACACAGUGGUAAGGGAGUUUGUUUUCCAGGGUUUCUCCCGCUUUCAUGAACACAAGCUCACCCUCUUUGUGGUAUUUCUUACCUUGUAUCUGUUAACCCUGGCUGGCAAUGCCAUAAUUGUGACAAUUAUCAGCAUUGAUCGUCACCUUCACACCCCCAUGUACUUCUUUCUUAGUGUGCUUUCCGCUUCAGAGACUGUCUACACGUUAGUCAUUGUACCAUGGAUGCUCUCCAGUCUCUUAAGUCGAAGCAAACCUAUCUCUUUGGCUGGCUGUGCCACCCAGAUGUUUUUUUUUAUUACCUUGGCCAUCAACAACUGCUUUCUGCUCACAGCCAUGGGAUAUGAUCGCUAUGUGGCCAUCUGUAACCCUUUGAGGUACAAGAUCAUCAUGAACAAGAAAAUGUGUGCCCAGCAGGUAUGUGGGGCCUGCAGCGUUGGGCUGCUCAUGGCCAUAGUUCAGAUUUCAUCUGUGUUCAGGCUGCCUUUUUGUGAUAAAGAGGUGGCCCAUUAUUUCUGUGAUAUCCGCCCAGUUAUGAAACUUUCCUGUGUUGAUACUACUCUACAUGACCUAAUUAAUUUUGUUGUUAGUUCCCUGGUUAUUGUGGUGACCCUGGGUUUGGUCUUCAUCUCCUACAUCCUCAUCAUCUCUACCAUCCUCAAGGUCACCUCUCCUGAGGGCCGGAAAAAGGCUUUUGCAACUUGUGCCUCCCACCUCACUGUGGUCAUCAUCCACUAUGGCUGUGCCUCCAUUGCCUACCUCAAGCCCAAGUCAGAGAACACCAGGGAUCAGGACCAGCUAAUUUCAGUGACAUACACCGUCUUUACUCCACUACUUAAUCCUGUUGUGUACACUUUGAGGAACAAGGAGUUCAAGAAUGCCCUUCACCGUGCUAUUGGCAAAAAACCUUUUGCCUAG